AACGAUGUGUAAAAUACCGUCACUUCCCUUUCAGCCUUCAUGUGGCAUCUGCGGCACAGCAUUCUUCGAUCUUCUCGCAGCACCUCAUCCCUCUUUGCUCGCUCCAUGACUUCAACCGCCCCCGUAUCUGCCCCACGCGCUGCCGUCUGCGUCAUUGCCAAUGAAGUUCUCACUGGAAAGACACUCGACACCAAUUCCAACUUCAUCGCCAAGCUCAUGUUCCGUCGAGGUGUCGAUCUCAAGCGCGUCGUCGUCAUACCCGACGAGGAGGACGCUAUCAUCAAGACAGUCAAGGAGCUGUCGGAUUUCGUGGGUCCCAGUGGCUACGUCUUCACAACGGGAGGCAUCGGACCCACCCACGACGACAUCACCUACGAGAGUAUCGCGAAAGCAUUCGGAGUUGGGAUUGAGCUCCACGAGCCAACGUUUGCUGCGAUGAAGAAGUUUGCAGAGGAAAAAUACCCCACCAUUCCGUUCGACGAUAGUGUCAAGCGUAUGGCGAUUCUGCCAGUGGGCUGCAAGCUGCUUCCAUCGUCUGGAUGGACUCCGAUUGCCGUUGUGCACAAUGUGUAUAUCUUGCCGGGAAUUCCAUCCAUGGUCAAGAACAUGCUGACUAUUAACGAAGAACACUUUGUCGGUGUUCCCAUCCACCGCGUGAUUGUGAACACUCUCGAGUACGAAGGUGCACUCGCAGGCUCUCUUAAGAAGGUACAAAAUGAGCAUCCGAACGUCAUUCUGGGCAGCUACGUGAACCUGACGGAGGAAAAAACCGGAACGCGCGACGCAAGCUUUAACACACGCCUGACAGUGGAAGGCCGUGACGCCGAUGAAGUAAAGCAGGUUGGGGACAAGCUGAUUGAGCUUUACAAGGGUAAGAUCGCGGACCCCGGCACAGCGGUGUAGCGUCGUACACGUACGCUUAUGUAGUUUGCUGACUGUACUCUUGUCACGAAUACACAAACUUGACUGAAAUCACCACAUACAACACAACGUGCUGUAACGCUUUCAGCCUUUCCUAAGCC